AUGGGUUUGUUUAAGCGCAAGGAUUCGAAGACGUCAACAGGCAAUGACAAAGAUGACCGUGAGUCGUUUGUAUCUACCAGCAGUGCAAGAACAUCAAACGCAUCGCUGAAAGUCCCCAUAUCCAUGAAGACGGGAAAUGGCGUAUCUGUGCCAAUCCCAAAGGUCCCAAUCGCCCCGCCGCCCGACCCAAACCUUGACCCAGCAGCUUAUCUGCGAAGUAUCCAUGCCGUUCGCCAGAGGUCGAAACUUGUUAUGGACAAGGCGAAGAGGAAUCAACUCAACCAUUUCGACGUUGACUUUGGUAAAUUUUCGGAGACGGCUUCGUAUGUUGUGUCCAUUAUCAAGAGAGAUUACGCCCCCGAUUACCAUAGCAUACCUGCCCAUGGCCGGUGGCAGCAUUUCGACGUUGGCGGGAGACCUCGCAUCAACCAGCUCCUCCAGUCAUGGCCCAGUACCAUUGACGCGUUUGAACGGACAAGGCGACUAAUCGACCUCUUUCUUAUUUCAGUCUUGUUGGACGCCGGGUCCGGGAAUAAGUGGUCAUAUAAGUCCAAAGAAUCGGGGAAAAUUUACAGGAGAAGCGAAGGUCUUGCGGUGGCAAGCUUGGAGAUGUUUAAAGCCGGACUGUUCAGUAGCGAUCCCACGGAGCCAUGCCAAGUGGACGGCGCAGGUUUGAGAAAGAUCACCGUGGAGCUACUUGCAAAGGGCAUGCAACACUCUGAGCACAAUCCAUUAGCUGGACUGGAAGGCCGGGCAGGAUUGUUGAUAAGGCUGUCGGAAGCGUUAAACGACCAAGAGCUUUUCGGUGUCGAUGCGCGACCAGGAAAUAUGCUUGACUAUCUCCUCUCUCACCCCACAACUCUCGCCUCAUCCGUACCUAUCAUUUCUAUUCCCACACUCUGGUCCGUCCUAAUGGACGGCUUGUCAUCUAUUUGGCCCCCGUCCCGCACCCAGAUUGAAGGCGUGUCUCUCGGAGAUGCCUGGCGCUGUUCCGCUCUACCUACAUCGCCCCCCGCGAAGCCGUGGGAGAGUAUUGCUCCGUUCCACAAACUAACUCAAUGGCUUUGCUACUCUCUCAUGGCACCGAUGACGAAAGUAAUGAACAUACAAUUUUCCGGAACCGAACUUCUGACUGGUUUGCCAGAAUACCGGAACGGAGGUCUCCUUAUUGAUAUGGGCCUCUUAAAUCUCAAACCUAAGGAUGCUGAGCGGGGGCUGCAGGCGUACAGGGCCAAUGCAACGAUCAAAGGCCAGCCGAAUGUGGAGGUUGUUCCUCUGUUCACCGCAGAUGAUGAUGUGGUGGUGGAAUGGAGGGCUCUCACAGUCGCAUUCCUCGAUGAACUGCUCGAGGAGGUGAACAAUCUGCUGAGCCUAGGUCAUGGGGAGCGUAUAUCUCUGGCCCAGAUGCUCGAAGCAGGGACUUGGAAGGGAGGACGUGAGAUUGCGGAGGUGUCUCGCCCCAACACCAAGGAACCGCCCAUUAUGAUUCUUUCUGAUGGGACGGUGUUUUAA